AGAGAGAGGGGGAACGAGGAAAAAAAACGACGAGGAGGAGGCGGCGGCGGCUUUAACCUCUUUUGACAGCCGGCGGUUGGUGGGUGGGGGGGGUGUGGUGUGGUGGAGAAAAAAAAACACCCUGGAUUCUCGUCUGAAUGGUCGCCGUUACCCAAGCACACGAAAGCCGACUCUCUGUCCGCGGUGAAAUGAAUAUUGCUCGGUGAAUGUGAACAAGCCACUCUUUUGAAUCUUGGAUUUGGCUUCUGAAACCGCGUUUUUCAUUGGCGUAGGGCCACUGUGUGGCAGUCCUCAUACUAAUACAGGAGUUCACAAGGAUUUUGGAUCUCCUGCGGAGGAGGCAGCAGCUGCUGUACAAUCUGACUUGAUUUCACACAGUCAAAAUGGUGUUGUCACAGAGACAAAGAGACGAACUAAAUCGAGCUAUAGCUGAUUACCUUCGUUCUAAUGGCUAUGAAGAGGCUUAUUCAGUUUUUAAGAAGGAAGCAGAGUUAGAUAUGAAUGAAGAAUUAGACAAGAAGUAUGCUGGACUGCUGGAAAAGAAAUGGACCUCGGUGAUAAGACUACAAAAGAAGGUUAUGGAAUUAGAAUCGAAACUCAAUGAGGCAAAAGAGGAGUUCACUUCAGCUGGCCCUCUGGGUCAGAAGCGUGACCCCAAAGAGUGGAUCCCUCGUCCUCCAGAAAGAUACGCUCUGAGCGGACACAGAAGUCCAGUCACACGAGUCAUUUUUCACCCAGUUUUCAGUGUUAUGGUAUCGGCUUCUGAAGAUGCUACAAUAAAGGUCUGGGACUACGAAACUGGAGAUUUUGAACGUACACUGAAAGGUCACACAGACUCUGUACAAGACAUCUCCUUUGAUCAGACUGGCAAGCUGCUGGCAUCCUGCUCUGCUGAUAUGACCAUCAAGCUUUGGGAUUUUCAGAGCUUUGAGUGCAUUCGGACCAUGCAUGGCCACGAUCAUAAUGUUUCAUCAGUAGCUAUCAUGCCUAAUGGAGAUCAUAUAGUGUCUGCCUCAAGGGAUAAAACCAUGAAAAUGUGGGAGGUGCAGACUGGUUAUUGUGUGAAGACUUUCACAGGACAUAGAGAAUGGGUGCGCAUGGUACGACCCAACCAGGAUGGCACUCUUCUGGCCAGCUGUUCUAAUGACCAGACAGUGCGUGUGUGGGUGGUAGCGACAAAGGAGUGCAAAGCUGAGCUUAGGGAGCACGAACAUGUUGUAGAAUGCCUUUCGUGGGCACCAGAGAGCUCUUACCCAACAGUUUUGGAAGCUACAGGAUCUGAGGCUAAAAAGAGUGGCAAGCCUGGACCUUUCCUUCUUUCUGGAUCCAGAGACAAGACAAUUAAGAUGUGGGAUAUUAGCAUUGGAAUGUGCCUUAUGACACUGGUUGGCCAUGAUAACUGGGUACGUGGUGUCCUGUUUCAUCCUGGAGGAAAGUUUAUUGUGAGCUGCGCUGAUGACAAAACUAUUAGAGUGUGGGACUACAAGAACAAACGGUGCAUGAAAACCCUGAAUGCACAUGAACACUUCGUUACCUCUCUUGAUUUCCACAAGGCGGGUCCAUUUGUUGUCACUGGAAGCGUAGAUCAAACGGUAAAGGUCUGGGAGUGCCGCUGAUAGCAUUGAUUUUUUUGUUUUUUUUUGUUCUCUCUUCUCUUCCUCCUCUUCCC